UUGGUUAAUCAUGAAAGAAAACACCCAAAUUCAAGAAUGCAAGUAAUAGAACUAAGGAGUCGCCCAUACCUAGCAUUGUUUGCAAUCAAAGACAUUGACGUUGAUGAAGAGAUUCUUUAUAAUUAUGGACCAACUAGAUUACCUUGGGAAGUUAAGGAAAAAGUUCCUGGUGGUGGAAACAAACAAUCAGAAUCAUGUGUCAUAAACAGUAAUGCCUUACUUGCUCGUGUUGAGCCAGAUGGUUGCAACACUGAACCAGAAUCAUAUGUCACCUGCAAUGCCAGUAGUGAACCUGUUGACUACAACACUGAAACAGAAUCACAUGUCACCCACAAUGCCAGUAGUAAACAUGUUGACUGCAACACUGAACCAGAAUCACAUGUUAACUACAAUGCCAGUAGUGAACCUGUUAACUGCAACAAGGAACCAGAAUCAGAUGUCACCCACAAAUCCGAAUCACAUGUCACCCACAAUGUGAGUUGUGAACCAGAUGGUUGUAAUAUAGAACCAGAAUCACAUGUUAACCACAAAGCCAGUUGUGAAACUGUUGACUGCAACACUGAACCAGAAUCACAUGUCACCCACAAG